AUGUUGGUACAAUGUUACCUCGAUCAUCCAAAGUUAAAGUUACUCAGUUUAUAUGUACUUCUACUUCAAAUACAAUUUAUACAGUCUCAACAAACUGAUCUUUCGCUACAGUAUCGAGACAAUUUUUCUGCAAAACCCGUUUUUCCGCUUGCCUUUAGCGAUUCUGCAUCAGCAUCAAAGUGUCAUGUGGGUGAACCGUGCGCAUACUGUACACAUCGACAAUCGGAAGGUGAUGGUUGUUCAACAGAAACACAUGUUCCAAUUCUAUACUGUGAUCCAUUUACGCAAGAAAUACAAAUGAAUUAUACAUCGUUUUUAUUGUGCAACUCAUUUGGCCGCUUAGAACUAGCUCGUUGCACACCGAAGACAUAUUUUGAGGAAGGACAUGGCUGUGUCAGCCCCCUGAAACGUCUACAGAGACAAAAUGCUAUUACUGAAAUUUUCUAUUUGUCUAAACUUAGUAAUCAUCUGCGCAUUAAUUAUUUUAUUAAGGGUAUGUACUGUUCCGGAGGUUUAUGUGCAUGUCUUAGCACCUACAUUCUACGAGAAGGAUACUGUUACGAAAAAGUAAACCCAAAUCAGCCUGGCUGUACAUACGAUAUUCAGUGUUCUGCCGUUUGGCCAGGAGCACGAUGUCUUUUAGAAACUGGAGUUGGGACAUGUAGGUGCCAAGAUACUCAUGUAGCCCGUGAAACUCGUGAUGGAUGGAUUUGCGUGUCCUUGCGAGACUAUAGCACCGGUUCCACCCCACCAUUCUAUUUUGUAUGCCCAUUACCGGAAGGAGCAGGUUUCAAAUUGGCACUUAGUGAUCCAGAAUCAGGCACUUAUCCAGUGAGUUGUACUACUGGAUCAUCUGCAACCGCUGAAAGUAUUAUUGGGCGACAGGGUGGUGGAGCUUGUAUAUGGCCAUCAACUGGUGAAUUUAUCGGUGACAUCUAUGACUGUAUUGCAACAUCACCACACGUUACUUUGGCAGAAAAAUUUCCAGACUCCCAUUAUGCGCCAACCGCAGAUGGUGUCUGCUGUCCAAACAGAGCAUUUACAUGCAUCCAACCACAGAUCACAGGGCCAAAUCCAACAGAGCCACGUUGGUGGUACAAUUCAGUAACCGGUACAUGCCAACAGUUUUUGUGGGAUCCAACGGCUUCGCUCUCUGCUUAUCAUAGUGCUAAUAACUUCCAAACAAUUGGACACUGCGAAUCUUACUGCAGAGACACAUGUACUCGCGGAAGUCCUCAAUAUACUCUGGCAAGUAAAAUUAACUCAGAACGACCUUUAACAGGCUGUUCAACAUCAUCGGGAUGUGCAAACGAAUACCAGUGUACAAAUAUUGGCAGCCAAAACUUAUGUUGCCCAACACCCAGUGUGGUAUGCAGCGCACUUGGCGGACGACCAUUUGAUUUGCAUCCGCGAUCCGAAAUAUAUCAUGCGGGAUUUCAAACAUUAACAGGCAAAGAGUCAACCAGGUUCUAUUAUGAUCCAACCGUUGGAAAAUGCACAGAUUUCACUUAUAAGGGAGCUGGUGGAAAUUUCAACAACUUUCUUUCGCGGCAUGAAUGUGAACUGUUUUGCUCUCGAUUGCAAUGCGAUCGUGGAACGCCGCUGAAAAUUGGAGAGGACGCACAACGAUGUCAAAACAAUGCUGGUUGCCCAUCGACUCACGAAUGUAAGACAGAUCAAGGCGUUUGCUGUCCAAGAAAACAAACUAUUUGCUCACAGCCUUUACGAAUCGGUGACUGUACAGAAAACGUAAAAAGGUAUUGGUACAAUGCUAAAACUCGACAGUGUCAAAUGUUUGAGUUUUCUGGAUGUCAAGGAAACGACAACAAUUUUGAAACCGUUUUGGAUUGUCAAAGUUUUUGCAAGAAUGCCAUUCCUGAGCCUAGAUGCGCUCAAGGUCAGGCUUAUCGAGAUACGAGUGGUAAUUUCGUCCAAUGUGGCCACUCUCCAAAAAGCUGCCCACAAAAUUAUGAGUGUUAUUACGAUGGAAAUUUAUGGGGUUGUUGUCCAACAAAAGCGUUUACGUGUUCACAGAGUGCCGAUAGCGGAGUUCAAUGCGGUGCCGGAUCGUCAUUUAAGUAUUUCUAUAAUGUGCAGACUCAAACCUGUGAAAGCUUCCAGUUUAAUGGUUGCGAUGGAAACUCUAAUAACUUUCCAACUAGGGAUGCUUGCGAGCAAUAUUGCGGUGUUGGAGGUUGCCCGAAUGGAGGUUCACCAUUGCGAGAUCACAGUGGACAACUUGCAUCUUGUAAUAUACAAGAAGGUUGUUCAGAAACUUAUGAAUGUGUACCUGUCUUUGUGACUGGAAGUCUAAUUCAUCGUUGCUGCCCUACAAAAAAGUAUAUCUGCUCGUUGCCGCCAAUUCAAGGUUCAUUAUGUGGUACACAAGCACUUACACGUUAUUAUUUUAAUAUAGUCACUGGACAGUGUACAACGUUCCAAUACAAUGGAUGUGAUGGCAACCAGAAUAAUUUUAUCACAUAUUCACAGUGCAACAACUUUUGCAUGUCAAAUGCAUGCCCUGCCGGUGAUUCAGUAUAUUUGGAUCCGAACGACCAGCAACCGAUUACCUGCAAUGAAGCACUUCAAAACAGUUGCCCUCCCAAUUAUCACUGUACAUAUAAUUCGCUGAUGAAUAAUUAUGUAUGUUGUGGAGCUGGCAGCAUGGGCGUUUGUCCAAAUGGUGAAAAAGCGUAUAUGAAUGCCUAUGAUUCAUCUGCACGAGAAUGCGUAAUCAACGUUGAGGGAUCAUGUCCAGACAAAUACUUAUGCAGAUUUAACAUGCAAAAAAAUCGUUACUAUUGCUGUACAUCUGUUGAAGGCAAAACUUGUCCUAUUGGAAAAUUCCUUCUUCAAGACAUAAGAACAAAUUUACCCAUGAAGUGUACAAUUGGUGGCCGUUCAUCCCAGUGCCCAGAAGGAUACAGCUGUCAGUCAUAUCUGGAUGGAGCUUUUCAAGGAUUCUGUUGUUCAACUAAUACUAUAUGUCCUGAAAAUUCUGAUUUUCUUAUUGACGAAGCAAGUCAACAGCCGAGGAUUUGUACAGUUGGAGAUUUCGUUUCGUGUCCAAAUGGUUAUGUUUGCAAAUCGGCUCAAUCAUCCCUUGAAGGUUUUUGCUGCAGAGGUGGUACCUAUGCGCUUACAGGUUGGCAGUAUGAUUGUGGUUGUCCUCCGGGAAAUUUCGUUUAUAUGAUAAACAACGAAAUAGCAAACUGCGAUCCCUUCAAUCCUCCAAACGCUCCCUGCCCUCCAGGAUACACCUGUCAGUGGUCUGUCGAAAACCAAAGGUAUCAGUGCUGUGGAUCAAAACUUUUGCCACAACCUAUUCUGAAAGGAUGCCCAUAUAACCAAGUCGCCUUUAUCGGCAUUGAAGGAGAGCCAGAAAAAUGUGUAAUUGGACGAUCAACAUGUCCAUUUGGUUUUACAUGUAGAAGAAGUUAUAAUGGCAAAGAUAUUUGCUGUACUUUCAGAAAAGAGGAAGAAGAAUGUAAAGAAGAUGAAGUCUAUGUGGAAGGCCUAUGUCUGGCACGUUCAGCACUCGGCGAAGUUUGUGUAGGUAAUGCCCAGUGCACUGGUGGUUCCAUCUGCAUUGAAAAAAUUUGUAAAUGCCCGGAAAACACAGUGCCAAGAGGAAAAAUCUGCCAGGCUGAUAUUCAGAGAUGCGGUGCCAACCAAAUCCAAAUUAAUGACGAAUGUUAUGACCUUGUUGAGCUGGGUGCUAAAUGCCGCUUUUCUCGACAGUGUCCUAUGACCUCUUACUGUGUUUCUCAAAAGUGUCAGUGCACUGCCGGAUUUGAAGCAAAGAAUGGACGUUGUGUCGAAAUUAAGGAAAAACCAGUUAUAGCUUCAACUUCAGUGCCGCCAACAACCAAAAUACCUAAAAACGUAAUUAGCUGUGUGAACCCAGUUCUGCAACCAUAUCGUAACGUUAAAACGAGGGAAGUUAUGUCAUGCUCUCCAAUUACCGAUCGCUGUCCUCCUGGUUAUGCCUGCUUGUUAGAUUCGAUGAGAAGCCAUUAUAUUUGCUGUGGUAUUCCACCAAAUCCCACCGUAUACGCGGUAUGCCCGAGAAGCAGAACCCCAUACUUAUUGAACGGCCAUCCACAGAUAUGUGUUGAUGCCAAAUGCCCACAAGGAUAUGAGUGCGUAUAUACGGGUUCGACUUACUACUGCUGCUCGUCAAGCGUAGUUUUGUCUCCUAAAAGGUCAAUGUUUUAUGAUGGAUGCCCAAGUGGUUUGCCGAUAAUGUAUCCGGGUACAAAAACACCCGUUACCUGUUCCGGGAAAAGGCGAUGCCCGCCUGGUUGUGGUAGUCGGACUCUGACUUACCGAAAUCAGUCUAGGUGCUUAGCUUCGCAGCAGUAUGCUGCCAUCGUCUGUUCUAGUUAUUCUCUGCGUUGUUCCAGACAAGGAAGUAUAUGGGAUAGAAGACAAGCAAAAAUUAUAGGAAAAGAACUAUUGCACAUUUCAAUAUUACUAAAUUUUCACGGUUUUCUAGCCUUGACAUAUGGUGAAGGAAGAACAAAGAGGCAAACAGGUAGUGGACGGGUUGGCGAUGCUUGUGCUUUCAAUACCGACUGCUUGACUGGAAUGUUUUGUAAUUCUGGUUUGUGUUCAUGUUUGACCACCUAUAUCGCUGCAGAAUCUUAUUGCUACCAAAAAAUUGAUCCAGGCCAACCUGGCUGUGUUUACAAUGAACAGUGUAAUGCUGUAUGGCCAGAAGCUUUUUGCGACACUUCAGCAGGUGUUGGUACCUGUAGGUGUGGUGAGAAAAAAGUUGAAAAAGCAACCAGGGAUGGCCAUGUUUGUCUAGAUGUUAAUGAUGCAAAUGAAAAUACUCUUGCAAUUACUUGUCCGCUACCUGAAGGGGCUGGAUACACAUCAGCAUUGUCAGAUCCAAAUCAUCCAAGGCAAAAUGAUGGCCCAGGUCCUGUAUUGUGCAAUACGGAAAGCACUGUGACAUCACAAACGGUUGGUAGUGAUGAUAUCGGCGAUGGCAGUGCAGCAUGUCUAUUUCCGUCAGACAACUCAUACUUGGCUGAUAUAUACGAUUGUGUAGAAUUUGUUUCUGUUAUGGACUUAACUAGUGCAGGAUAUAGUCCGAAAGCAAAUGGAAUAUGUUGUCCUAAUAGAGCUUUCACUUGCGUGCAACCAACAGCCACUGGUCCAAAUCCAACGGAGCCACGUUGGUGGUAUAAUUCAGUGACCGGUAUGUGCCAGCAGUUCCUGUGGGAUCCCGUAGCAAGCGGUUCCGGCGAACACUCACCUAAUAAUUUCAGAACGGUUGAACAUUGCGAGUCUUACUGCAGAGACACAUGUAGUCGUGGGGCACCUGAGUACGAUGUACGAGGGACAAUAAUAGAAGAAAAUCCAAUAACUGGUUGCUCUCAAACAACAACCUGCGGAAAUCACUAUGAAUGCAAAACUGUUGGUUCUGUACAGUGGUGCUGCCCGUCUGUUGCUGCAAUUUGCGGUAUUGUUGGUGGUCGACCAACUGAUCCUUCGAUUCAGUACCGGUUAACGACAUUCCAUCCUGGUGUACAGAAACAGGGUACAGGUCCAUCUACAAGAUUUUACUACGAUCCGUCUCAAGGAAAGUGUUCGGCCUUCACGUACAAUGGUGCUGGUGGAAAUUAUAACAACUUUAUGUCACGUAUCGACUGUGAACUUUUCUGCUCAAGACUCCAGUGUGAUCGUGGAAAUCCUCUACGAAUAGGUGAAGUAACUCAAAACUGCCAGAGCAAUAAUGACUGCCCGUCGUCACAUGAGUGUAAAGCCGAUCAAGGAGUUUGUUGUCCUAGAAUGCAAACAAUAUGUACGCAACCGUUGCGAGUUGGUAAUUGUGAUCGGAGCGUUCGUCGUUACUGGUACAAUGCUCAGACCAGAGAAUGCCAAUCUUUUGACUAUACUGGUUGUCAAGGGAAUGAUAACAACUUUGAAACGCUGAUGGAUUGUCAAACUUUCUGUAGAAACGCUGCGCCUGAACCUCGGUGUCCACAGGGUCAGCCCUACAAGGACAACAACGGUAAAGCAGUCUCGUGUUCAUCGUCAAGAUCGAAAUCUACCUGUCCUGCAAAUUAUGAAUGCUAUUUUGAUGGGAAUAUGUUCGGCUGCUGUCCCAACAAAGCUUUCACAUGUUCUUUGCCUAGCAGCAGUGGUGUCACUUGCGGACCCGGUGUUUCGUAUAAAUAUUAUUACAACUCUCAAACACAAGAAUGUGAAACGUUUGAAUUUUUGGGUUGUGAUGGUAAUUCAAAUAAUUUUGCUACACGUGGAGAAUGUGAAUCUUUCUGCGGCGUUGGAGGGUGUGUUAAUGGUGGUUCCCCACUUCGCGAUAAUAGUGGCGUUCUGGUCAGUUGUACUGAUAAAGACGAUUCCUGCCCGAGUACCCAUGAAUGUCAGGCUGUUAUGGUUGGCAAUCAACCAUCGUCUAGGUGUUGUCCAUCUAGAGCUUACAUCUGUGGUCUGCCACCCCAACAAGGCUCGUCGUUGUGCUCUGGAGGGCUGACUGUUGUAACUCGUUACUAUUUCAAUAUUGUCACUCGGAAAUGCUCAUCUUUCGUGUACAAUGGUUGUGAUGGUAAUCCAAACAACUUCGGCUCACUAAAUCAGUGCAACAACUUUUGUCACGCAGCCGCAUGUUCUGCUGGUGAUAUUGUGUACCUUAAUCCUAAUACUCAGCAGCCAAUAACCUGUAAUGACGAGAUGCAAAAUAAUUGCUAUUGUCCAAUUGGGCGAGCUCCAUACAAGGAUCAGAUUAGUUUACAACCUGUACGUUGUACAAUGAACACCGUUGCAAACACUUGUCCGGACGGUUACAGUUGUCAAUCUGAGCUGAAUGGUGCUCUUCAAGGAUACUGUUGUUCAGUAAACGAUAUUUGCCCAAAUAAGGAAGAAUACUUUAUUGAUGAAAAUAGUGCAAUGCCUAGAGCUUGUACCAUAGGCCAAUUUGUAACGUGUCCGAGUGGUUAUACUUGUCAAGCUGUACACGACGGAAUGCUUGGUUAUUGCUGCAAGGGUGUCGCAAUGACAACUGCGUCUGACGGAUGCCCGCCUGGGGAAAUUGUUUAUAUGGAUCGUAAUGAAAUUUUAGCUUGUGACCCUUUCAAUCCACUAAACCAGGCUUGUCCUAGUGGAUUCUCUUGUCAGUGGUCAGUACGUACGCAGCGGUAUCAGUGCUGCGGUGCAGAUCCUCAACCACCACCACUUGAAAACGACGGUUGCCCCUCACGACAAGUUGCAUACAGUGAUCCAAAGACAAAGCAACCUAAAGUAUGCACGUCAGCGUCGUUCUCUUGUCCAGUGGGCUACUUUUGCCAGUUCUCUACAGUUAAUAAACAAUUCCAGUGUUGCGGUAUACCAUCAGAUUGUCCAAACAAUCAGGUUGCUUUUAUUAGUUUGAGCGGUGAUCCGCAGAGUUGCAGUAUGGCCAAUGGUCUUCCAUGUCCUACUGGUUACUCAUGUGUCCGUGGGAAAUCGUCUGGAGAACUUUGUUGCGCUGGGAAAUCACCAUGUCCAGCAUCGCAAGUACUUAUCGGGCGUGACUGUUACGAUCGUGUCUCAAUUGCCAGUCCCUGCGUCGAUACAAUCCAGUGUCUGGGUGAAUCAAUUUGUAAUCAGAAUCUAUGCACGUGCCCGUCAGGAACACGACAGUUAGGAGAUAAAUGUGAAAAGCCAAGCUAUUUGAGAUGCGCUAAAGGCGAGAUUAAAGUAGAAAACCAGUGUUUACAACUGAUUCCAAUUGGGAGGGAAUGUAUUUCAUCGCAACAGUGUCAAGGAGGAGCCACAUGUCAGCAUGGCUAUUGCAAAUGUUCGAAGGAAAUGAUUAAUCAGAAUAACCAGUGUGUUCCAAAGAGUGCUGCAAUAGGAUCAGCGAAUGUGGAACAUCUAGUCUCCAGGGGUGUAGCUGGUUCUGAAGUUAAUUUGUAUAGAUCAAAAUCAACGCGUGGAUCAGUUAUUCACGCUCUCACAGGAAUCUGUCCUUAUGGUAAAAAGCAUCUGCUGUUCAAGAACGUUCCACGUACAUGUAUGCGUCAAGCUUGUCCACGUGAUUAUCAGUGCACUUUCAGUAAAAAAUUGCUAAUAACAGCUGAUUGCCCGUUAUCGCAGACGUUAUUGUUUCCGGCUUCUGGACAACCGGUUACGUGUUCAACCAGAAAACGAUGUCCGGCUGGCUAUAAUCCAUAUAAACGUUUGAUGGCCAAACCGGCAAAAUUACUUGGCGGAGCAUUGGGAUUAAGGAAUUCUCCAUGUCCUUCAUAUUUGGUGCUACUCGAAUUGGAGAUCAAUGGAAGGCUAAUUAAAAGAUGCCAACCGUCUUGCCCGUCUUUGAUGACUCCGAUUAAUGGAAUUUGUCGUUAUGUUAAUCAGCUGACGUUGUCGUUACCGUGUAACAUAGAUUCGGAUUGUUCUGAAUGUGAUAUUAAAACUGAUGGUGAUCCGUGUAAUGGCGACGUUAAGAUUCCAAUUUUUUUUUGUGACUCCCAAAAACGGAAUAUACAAGUAGAUCUGCAAAACUUUUUGAAAUGCAAUGGUAAUUACUUUGAAAAAGCGUCUUGUAAUAGCGGACAGAAAUAUGAUUUUGAACGUAACGCCUGUAUUAAUGUUGGAGGAAAGCGUCGAAAAAGAUCGGAAGCGGGUAGCGCCCGAGCUGGCGAUGUUUGCUCCUUCAAUACCGACUGCCAGUCCGGAAUGUUUUGCGGUAGCGGCAUUUGUACCUGCCUUUCCGAUUUUGUGUCUAUCGCCGGUUACUGUUGGUCAAAAGUUAAUCCUGGAGAAAGUGGAUGUAUUGAAGAUCGUCAGUGUGAAGCUGUUUGGCCAGGUGCUAGAUGUUCGCCAGCUGGGAUCUGUGAAUGUCCUGAUGACACCGUUCCUGCAAGAAGUCGUGACGGAACGUUAUGCGUUACACCGGGAAUGCCUCCAGCAUGUCCUCUUCCUGAAUCAGGCUCUGGCCUUCCUAAUCCAGCGACGAUACUGGCUAACCCAUCAACUCAUCCUUUAGCACGAGAUACUUAUAUGCCAGUGUUAUGCACCAGUACAAGCAAUGAAGUUUAUAAUUCUAAUGGUGGCGAUGGUUCCACCUGGUGCAUUUAUCCAGACGGUGAUCAGGAUAUCUACAUCGCAGAUCUGUAUAAUUGCGUACCGCAUCCUCAAGUCACAAGUGUUAUUUUCCGCGACUAUGCUGAUUCUGUCGACGGUAUAUGUUGCCACAGCAGAGCUUUUGUUUGUAUACAACCUUUGGAAGCAGGUAAUACACCAUCUGUACCAAGAUGGUGGUAUAACUCAGUAACUGGCACAUGCUCACAGUUCUUAUGGGAUCCAUCUAUGACUGAUAACGUAUCACCAAAUAAUUUCAGAACAGUCGAACAUUGUGAAUCAUUUUGUCGCGACACUUGUCGACGUGGGGCGAAUCAGUUUGCUGAUUCAAAAUGGGCAAUGAUUGAUGAUACACGUGUACAGAACUGUGCACACAAUCCUGCCGGAUGUGCAGCCGAGUAUCAGUGUACGGUUAUUGGUUCACAUCAGACCUGUUGUCCAACAGUUUCUCAUAUAUGUAGCCCAUACGGCGGUCGUGUUCUAAACUUCAAGCCAGACGUUAAUUCUGAUAGAGGAAGCUUAAUUGCUGGCGGAAAACCGAGUACACGGUACUAUUAUGACGCAGAUCAAGGAAGAUGUCUUAAUUUCUUGUAUAGUGGACUUGGAAACUACAAUAAUUUCCUUACAAAGCAAGAUUGUGAAAGUUUUUGCUCAAAAUUGGUCUGUGAAUUCGGUAAUCCAUUACGAAUUGGAGAAGACUGGCAACGAUGUACGUCAAAUGCGGACUGUCCAUCUUCACAUCUUUGUGAUCAACAACAUAGAGUCUGCUGUCCAACUUCGCAAACAAUAUGUACUCAACCAAAGCGUCUUGGAGACUGCACCAACAGUGUCCGACGUUAUUGGUACAAUGCACAAACCCGCCAGUGUGAAGUCUUCCAAUACACUGGUUGUCAAGGGAAUGAUAAUAAUUUUGAUACUCUUCUGGCAUGCCAGACUAAGUGUAAAAACGUUGUUCAGGAGCCGAAGUGUCAGCAAGGAAGGGCUUAUAAGGAUCUUAAUGGUAAUUUUGUUCAUUGUUCUGGAAGUAAAAGUAAUGGACGAGCAUGUCCAGCCAACUAUCACUGUUUCUUUGACGGAACAUCAUAUGGUUGUUGUCCGACCAAAGGCAAUUAUUCAGUAAUUACAUAUACUAUUUUAGCUUACAGUUGUUCAUUGAAUGCUGACAAGGGUGUACAGUGUGGUUCAGGUAGAUCCUAUCGCUACUAUUUUAAUUCUAAUAAGCAGGCUUGUGAGUCAUUCCAGUACGAGGGGUGCGACGGCAAUUCAAACAACUUCCAAACUGCUGAAGAGUGCCAGGAUUAUUGCGGUAUUGGAGGCUGUCCAAAUGGCGGUCAACCACUGCGCGAUGUGGCAUCGAAUCAACUGAUGCAGUGUUCUGAAGCAGCCAAGUGUCCUCAUACACAUGACUGUGUUACUGUAGCAGUCAAUGGAAAUUCAGCCCAAAGAUGUUGUCCAUCAAAAAUGUUUAUAUGCAGUCAGCCUCCGCAACAAGGAAACCAUUGCUCAAAAAUGGCUAUAACUCGCUACUAUUUUAACAUUGUUACCAAGGAAUGUGCCAAAUUUUCGUACAAUGGCUGUAACGGAAAUUUGAAUAAUUUUGUAUCGUUAGAACAGUGUAACAAUUUUUGCGCAUCUGCCGGUUGCGCUGCUGGUGAAACUACAUACAAGGAUGUUAACAGUAAGAAGGUAGUUGAAUGUAAUAAUUUAUUGGUGAACAGUUGCCCACCAGAUUAUACUUGUCGUUACGAUGCUUUGGGAGCUCGUCAUGUAUGUUGCGGAUCUACACAUAUGGAUGUAUGCCCAGUUGGCGAAAAGGCAUUCAUGAAUCCUCUGGAUGAAUCCGUACGUGAAUGCGCAAUCAAUGUACCUGGAAGUUGUCCGGCAGAUUUCUUGUGCCGAUUUUCACCAGCAAAAAAUCGGUAUUUUUGCUGUGCAUCGAAAAAUGGAAAUGUUUGUCCGGACGGUAAAGCUCUUUACCGUGGAUCCAAAUUGCUUCUGCCUAUACGAUGUACAAUGCAUAGUCCAAUAAACAUAUGUACGGAAGGUUUUUCUUGUCAGAGCCGUACGAAAGAUGUUUUGCAAGGAUACUGUUGCUCAACACAAAAUGUUUGUAAAAAUGAUGCCGAAUUUCUGAUUGAUGAAAAAACUAAAAUGCCACGGAUCUGCACGCCUGGUGCAUUUAUAGCGUGUCCAGCUGGUUAUCGCUGCCACAAAUCAUCAGCAUCUUCACAGCAUGGCUUCUGUUGUAAGGGAGACAUCAAUGCUCCAAUAGAAGGAUGUCCACCAGGUGAAUAUGCUUAUGCAAUAAAAGGUGUUAUUGAACACUGCGACCCGUUUAACACUGAAAAUAAGGGUUGCCCGUCAGGAUAUUCGUGUCAAUUUUCGAUUGCUUUUCAAAGAUACCAAUGCUGCGGAAAGGAACCUAUUGAGGAGGAAGAGAUUUCUGAACAAGAAUUCGGAUGUCCUCCAUCACAAGUGGCAUUACUGAACCCAGUAACCCGUAGUGUAAUUCCUUGUACGUCUUCAGCGUCAUCAUGCCCGCUAGGAUAUUUUUGUCAGUUUUCGGAAAGGAACAGGCAGUUUCAGUGUUGCGCCCAUAAGUCAGGGUGUCCUGGUGAAAGUGUAGCUUUUGUCGACAUGACAGGUCUUCCAAAGGAAUGCUCUCCACAUGUUUCAUAUUGUCCGACAGGUUAUAGCUGUCAGCGUACAAAAACUUCUAAAUAUCAAUGUUGUACAGUGCGAAAUACCAGUAGAGAAAUUGACUUUUUAACAAGUAUUGCGGCAAGUUUAGCGUUGAGUAAAAAGUCUUCAAAAAACAGUAGGAAUGGUUAUAGCAGGGAUAUGAGGUGCUUGCCAAGCCAAGUAUUGGUCAAUGGUGAAUGCAGAGAGCGUGGAGCCAUUGGUUCGCCAUGUUUGGUGUCUAACCAAUGCCUUUAUGGAUCACAUUGUGUUGAUCUGUUUUGUGUUUGCCCGAAAGGUACAAAGGAAAUUGAUGAAGUUUGUAUUCGUAUUGGAGAGAUGGACGAAGAAAACGAAAGUGAAGAGGUUGAUGGAUGCGAAGAAAAUGAGGUGAUGGUAGAUGGGAAAUGUGAAAAAGUUGUACAGAUUGGCGAAAUUUGUGCUGAAAAUGCUCAGUGUACUAAUGGUUCGAAAUGUGUUGGUAAUAUUUGUAAAUGUCCACCGAAUACCGCUGGCUAUAAAAAACGUUGUUUAGGUAGGUUAUUAACAAAAAAGGAAGGAGAAUUUAUGUUUUAUUAUAGACAGUGGAGUAAAUGUGUUUUAUUUUCUCAUCUUUAUCCAUCUUUACAUCAGCAGUAUUGUCAUCCAACAUCAUCGUCGUCAUCAUCACUAUCACCAGCAUCAUCAACACAGACAUCACCAUUCAUCAUUUUUGGUUUUGUUUCAGCAAAUCUGUGUGGAGCAGAAAAGUCACGAACCCCAUAUUUGACCAAAGGAUCGUUAGCGGUGAUUUGUACCGCAGCAAAAUGCCCUGGCAACUCAAAGUGCCUGUUUUCAAAAAUAGCUAAAGAUUACAUAUGCUGUGUCACCAAACAAUCGAAGCAAAAGAACACAAAACAGAUGAGUACCGCAGCGACAGCAACGGCAUCUGAAUCAACCAUGAUGAUGUCAACAUCAAUUACAGCUCGAUGUCCGGGCGGUCAUACACCACUAAUGUUUCCAGCAACCAAGCAACCACUGCAAUGCAAAGAACCAAAAUUACAGUGCCCAAAGAACUAUACAUGUAUCAAUCGUGUAUGUUGUCCAGAGAGUUUAAGAUAUCAUAAAAAAGAUGCUGCAUUAAAAUGUCCACGACAUUUGGUAAAAGUUUUCUUCACUAGAAAUGGACGUCGAUUUAGUCGAUGUGGUAAGUAUAAAAUAAAAUUUAGUGCAAUCAAAAUUACGCACAAAAUUCAACGGUUUACUCAGAAAUCAGUUAAAGGUAUAUGUCGUCCAGUGAUAAAUUUAUCAACACGACAGUUUGAUGAUCCGAAUAUAUCGUCAACUUUUCAAACGGUGAAGAAGCGAGCGACAACAACAGCAACAACAACCAGAGAUGAAACUGUUGGGUCCGUCGGUGGUUGUCCAACUUCAUUGCUUACAUUUUUUGCCACAAAAAUCGCCAACCUUCUUCAUAUUGGUUGGUCGGUUGGUAGCAGCAUCUCGACAGAUUCAUCACUUAGUUCAUCAGCCAGGCAAAUGCUCGUCGUCGCCGUCUGCCUGCUUAUCGCAGGUUCGGCUUUUUCGCAGCAACGGUUCUGUAAAAUCGGUCAACCGUGCGGUGACUGCACAGUUCCGACGGUAGGUCAAAAAUGCCAUAAAGAAACGGCUGAGGAAUCAUUUCACUGCGAUAAGAAAACAAAUAAAACUGUGGUAGACGAAAACGUCUACUUGGUAUGCGAUUUAAGAAAAAAAGAAUUAGUUAGAAAAGUAUGUAGAGCCAAUGAAAAAUAUAUGAAUGGAAUUUGUACAAAAGAUACAGUUCGAUACAAACGGCAAGGUGUUGCUGGUUCCGGAAGAGUUGGCGAUUUUUGCUCUUUCAAUACCGACUGUCUUACGGGAAUGUUCUGUUCAACGGGAACCUGUACUUGUCUUAGCAAUUUUGUGGCAAUUCAAGGCUACUGUUAUCUGAAAAAAAAUCCUGGUGAAAGCGGUUGUCAGUAUGCUGAACAGUGUAGUGCUGUUUGGCCAGAAUCUCGAUGCGAAAAAAGCCGAUGUGAGUGCCCCGAAGAUGUCAACGGUAUUCCUUACAUACAAUCAAAAACUCGCGACGGUGUCAUCUGCAUCCUUCAGCACGGUGAAGAUGCAGAUCCGGUACCCAAAUGUCCACUUCCAGAAUAUGACGAUGACUUAUUGACUAUGCCGGUUUCGCAACUUCGAAAUCCUGCUAUGACAGAUCCAGACGAUGCUGAUAUUCGUAUGGGUGAUCAUAUAAAUCCGCUACAAUUCUGCACUUCGACUUCAACGGAUUAUACAACUUUUGUGCCAAAUGGUGGUGGGGCAUGCGUCUAUGCGGAUCCACAGUCACUGGCUACUGGAAUUUAUAUUGCCGAUAUCUAUGACUGUGUUACGGCAUCAUCGAUGUCGGGAGUAAAAGCAGCUAUGGAAGGGGUAUAUGACGUCCAUCCAGCUGCCGAUGGCAUCUGUUGUCCAAACCGAGCAUUCACCUGUAUUCAACCGAAACGUGAAGCCGAUACUGGAGCUGCAGCACCAGCUGGUGUACGACCCCGAUGGUGGUAUAAUGCUGUAACUGGUACUUGUGAACAGUUUAUGUGGGAUCCGUGGGACGAAACGGAAAUGCAGUCACCAAAUAAUUUCAAAACUCGUGAACAUUGCGAAUCUUACUGUCGCGACACAUGUAAACGAGGUUCUCCACAGUAUCUUGCUGGAAGUACAUUAAAUGAUGAUGAACCUGUCAGUAACUGUCAGACUGCCAGCUCCUGCCUUUCUAACUAUGAAUGUAACACAGUUGGCUCCAUGCAGUUAUGCUGUCCGACAGUGAGUAGCAUUUGCAGCAAUACUGGUGGGAGACCCAUUGACCCCUUGCGAACAACCAACUUCGAUCCUGGUUAUACUAUCAAAAGAUCGUUUACUCUCACUUAUGCUACCUCAAGUCGUUACUAUUAUGACGCUGAGCAAGGUCGAUGUAUACCAUUUACCUACAACGGAGCCAUUGGAAAUUACAACAACUUCAAAUCUUCGUCAGAGUGCGAACUGUUCUGCGCUAAACUUCAGUGUAACUACGGUACUCCGUUAAAAAUCGGUGCCAACAAUCAGAGAUGCAGCAGCAAUGCUGAAUGCCCGAGUACUCAUGAAUGCCAGAGCGAUCAUAAUGUAUGCUGCCCAAGACCGCAGGCCAUUUGUUCUCAACCACUACGUCUUGGUGACUGUAAGCAAAGCGUUCGUCGUUACUGGUAUAAUGCAGUAACUCGUGCUUGUGAAAUCUUCGAUUACACUGGUUGUCAAGGAAAUGAUAAUAACUUUGAAACGUUGCUAGAGUGUCAAAAUACUUGCGAAAAUAUUAUUCCGGAACCGCAGUGUCCACAAGGUGAUGCCUAUAAGGACUAUCAGGGCAACUAUUAUGUGUGUUCAAAUUCCGGAGCCGGUAAUGUUUGCCCAGUAAACUACGAAUGUUACUUUGAUGGCUAUGUUUGGGGUUGUUGUCCCACUAAAGCAUAUACAUGCACAUUAUCAUCGAACAAAGGUGUUACCUGUGGUUCUGGCAGCUCGUACAGAUACUAUUAUAAUUCUCAAACCCAAGAAUGUGAAAGUUUCCAAUAUAACGGUUGCGAUGGGAACUCCAACAACUUUGCAACGCGUGAAGAUUGUGAAAGUUAUUGUGGCGUUGGAGGUUGUCCGAAUGGUGGUACACCAGAGAGAAACGAAUUUGGCCAGUUGAUGGUCUGCUCCUCAACUGCUUCAUGCCCAACCACACAUGAAUGUACUUCGGUCAACUCUGGUAGUAGCGUCGUUAAUCGAUGUUGCCCAACAAGAGCUUUUAUCUGUUCACUACCGCCACAACAGGGAAGUUCAUGCAGUUCUUCUGCCGCAGCCCGUUAUUACUUUAAUAUCGUUACAAAAGAAUGUACACAGUUUACGUAUAACGGCUGUAGCGGUAACCUCAACAAUUUCGCUACUAUUGAACAGUGCAACAAUUUCUGUUUAUCCGCUGCCUGUACUCCUGGAGACGUUGCUUACGUUAAUCCAAAUACCAGAAUGCCUUAUGAAUGUAAUGCUGGGCUGAGCAACAGUUGUCCUACCAACUUCGAGUGUACUUAUGAUCAGUUAUCUGGUAACAGUGUUUGUUGCGGAGCUACUAGCAUGGAUGUAUGUCCCGAUGGCGAAAAAGCUUACGUAAAUGCAGUAGAUAUGAGCGUUCGAGAAUGCCUUAUUAAUGUCGAGGGAUCUUGUCCUUCGAAUUAUCUUUGUCGAUUCCAUGCAGCUAAAAAUCGUUACUACUGCUGUGCCUCCAUUACCGGAGAACUCUGUCCGAGUGGCAAAGCGCUAUAUAAAGAGCCCUCUUCGAAGAGCCCAAUAAGGUGUACGAUCAGCAGCAACAGCCACCAAUGUCCACUUGGUUUUAGUUGCCAAUCAGAUGUACCUGGAGCAUUCCAAGGUUACUGCUGCUCCACCAGUUACCUAUGUCCCAACAAAGCCGAAUUCUACAUUGAAGAAAGUAACCAGAUGCCUAGGUCUUGUACUCUAGGUGCAUUCAUAACCUGUCCAACUGGUUAUACUUGUCAGAGCACACAAACAGAUUUCACCACAGGUUACUGCUGUAAAGGAGAGGUCACCUCCAUUGCAGAUGGUUGCCCACCCAACGAAUACGUUUACAUGAAGGACAACCAGAUUGCGCCAUGCGACCCAUUCAACCCACCAAACGCCCCAUGCCCUCCUGGAUACUCAUGCCAAUGGUCUCUAUCAAACCAGAGGUAUCAGUGUUGCGGUUCUGCCCCAGUCAGUGUACCAAAGUCAAGUGCUUUCGUCUCACUGGGCUGCCCAAAUAACCAAGUAGCAUACAGAGAACCAAUGACACGGGGACCAAGAAUAUGCACUGCUGCUGCACAGAACUGUCCUAUCGGUUACUUCUGUCAGUUUUCGACCGUCAAUAAUCAAUUUCAGUGCUGCGGUAUCGACGGAGGAUGUCCGAAUGAACAAGUGGCUUUCAUCGGAGUGAGUGGAGAACCACAAACUUGUUCGAUGGGUAGAAGCACGUGUCCUUCAGGCUACUCAUGCCAGAGGACCCAAACUGGCGGAUACAUAUGUUGUACUCUCGGCAAAGAGGCGAAUGCUAUAAAUUGUACUGAAAACGAAGUUCUGGUUGAUGGGGUCUGUUUGGAAAAGGUUGAGAUAGGAGAAGGAUGCAGCAGCCAAAUUCAGUGUAUGGGUGGAGCAGUGUGCAUCGAUAGUAUUUGUACCUGCCCACCAGGAACUACAAGUGUGGACGGGGUUUGUAAACAAGGCUGUUUGCCAAACCAAAUUAAUGUCAAUGGGGUCUGUCUGGACAAGGUUGGACCUGGUGAACUAUGCGAAUUGACAGAACAAUGUCAAGGCGGUUCUUCUUGCGAAGAUGGAGUGUGCGAAUGCCCAACUGGACAAAAAGUAAUAAACGGCAAAUGCGUUGGUAUAACAGGAAGACCAACCACCACUUGCCCAAUACCUGGACAAGUACCUUAUGUUGAACGUGGGACCCAAAAAGUAAGAUUCUGCUCAACCAAAAGAAACGUCUGUCCUAAAGGCUACAGCUGUCAGUUUAGUCAAACAGCCCAGCAAAACAUUUGCUGCGGAAGACCAGGUGGCAGUAAUCCAGUAUCAUCUCCACAAUCAACGCUAACUUCAUCGACAAAAGGCCGCACCGAUGUAUGCGAAAAGGGGCAAGCUUAUUUGGUCAAUGGCGUCCCGCAGCAGUGCACAACUACUCCCUGCCCGAAGGGUUACGAAUGCACAUUCUCAAAGAGGGCUAAGAACUACUACUGUUGCAAUAAGAAGCUUUCAGCUAACGGAUGUCCAUCUGGAACUGCUCUGCUUUUCCCGUCAACAGGAACACCUGUGCAGUGCAGUAGCAAAGGCCCGAAUUCAUGUCCAUUAGGAUACAGUUUCAUAACUUCAUACUGUUCUAGUGUUCUCCCUUCAAACAACCAGAAAAAAAUUCCAGCACCUUGUCCAAGCUAUCAAGUCCAAGUGCAAAGAAUAGUCGAUGGAAGGAUAGUAACAAGAUGUGAAAGCAGUUGCCCAUCACAUCAAAUAGCUGUAAGGGGCGUCUGCAAGGAUAUCAUCGUGUAG